AUGCCAAAGGCUUGUUACUUCAUUUUGCCCAACGAGUUUGGUGAACGUUUCUGUUACUAUGGUGUCCAACCCAACUUGAACAAGUACUUCCAGCUUAUCACUGGUAUGAACAAAACCGAUGCUAAGGUCUACUCCACAGCCUUCACCAUGUUGGCCUAUUUCUUCCCCUUGAUCGGUGCUGCUCUCUCUGACUCCUUCCUUGGAAAAUGGUGGACCAUCAUCUCGUUCUCUGGUGUCUACAUGAUCGGCAUGAUCAUGGUCACUGUUUUUGCUAUUCCCAACUUGAUUGGACCAAUCGGACAGGUUUCCAAGUUCCUCACCUUCUUGCCCAUGAUCAUCAUCGCUAUUGGUACUGGUGGUAUCAAGCCUUGUGUUUCAUCCCAUGGUGGCGACCAGUAUCUUCCUAGCCAGGAAGCCGCAAAGGACUUCUUCUUCAACAUCUUCUAUGUCUCCAUCAACGUUGGAGCCUUGUUGACUCAAUUCAUCGUCCCAGAAAUCAGCAAGAUCCAUUGCUAUGGCCAGGAGACUUGUUUUGCGGGCGCUUUCCUUUUGCCUACACUCGUCUUUGCUUGUGCUUACGCUAUUUUUGCUGCUGGUCAUCGUUACUACAGAAUCGUGCCUCCACUGGGCGAGUUCCUUCCUUUGAAGGCCACCAAGGCUGCAGUCUUUGCUGCCAAUGGGUACUUUGCUGCUUCUGCUGAGGAGCGUGCAGCCAAGGGCCACUGGCUUAAUUUUGCAGAGGAGAAAUAUGGAGGAGUGUUUGUGGAAGAGGUCCGUGACUUUGGCCUUGUCCUUGUCCCAGUUGUGAUUCCAAUGUCAUUCUGCUGGAUGUUGUACAAUCAGAACUCGAACGAAUGGUCCAACCAAUACUAUCUCAUGAACGGAGCACUUUUCGGUGGCAACAAUCCCGCGCAGUCAUACAUCCAGUCUGCUCAGUUUUCCAACAUCAACACAAUCCUUCUCAUUAUCUUCGUUCCAAUCCUUGCCACAUUUGUUUACCCAUUCUGCUCCCGCCGUGGAUGGAACUUUGGUCCUCAGCGUCGUAUGGCAGCUGGCUUCUUCCUCGUUAUUGUAUCAUUCGCUCUCUCUGCUGCCCUUGCUCCUAUGAUUGAGGAUGCCUUCCAAAAAUCUGGCCGCGACAUGGCGGAACCUGCCAAGUAUGACGGAACAUACUGCAAAGAGUGCUACUCUGGUUGGUUGCAGUUCCCUCAAUGGGUCCUCCUCUCGCUCGGUGAGGCGCUUUUCUCUCCCACUGGUGUUCAAUUCACGUAUAUUGAAGCUGGUCGUCAGUUCCGUGCAGUUUCAACAGCAUUCUGGUUGCUGGCUACUUCAUUCGGUUCUAUUCUGAUUAUGGUCCUUGAACCCGCCUUUGCCAGCGCUGAAAUGUCAUCAUCCACUAAGGGUUGGGCAUAUUCUGGUAUCGGUCUCUUUGGCCUUAUUCUGUACUGCAUUGCAUCUUACUUUUACACCCCACGUAAGCAACGUCCCUCGAUUAAUGAGGCAGCACGUGCUGCCAAGGAGGCCGAGUAUGCCAUCACAAAGUACUAA